AUGCACAUAUCUCCGAAGCAAGUCAAGUUCCAACAUGCAGACUCGGAGACUCAAUCAAGCCAUGGUGGUACCACAGACUCCGGCUAUUGGAGCGAGCAUCGUGGUCCUGGGCCGGUUGAUUUUCAGAUCCAGAUGACGGAGGAGGCAAUGGAUUUGGACCGAUACUUCAACGCAAUCCAGAAAAAGCAAUCUAGUGACCUAACAUUAGAAACAGGUGCAGGCUUUCGGGAGCAGAAUGAGAUCCACCCAUUACCCAUUACAAAACGUUUACCUGUCAAGAAUCCCCUCAACAUAAUUAGCGAGGAUAUCCUGGGACUAAAUUCUGCACACGAAGCUUCUACUAGGGGUUUGCUCAAACUAGAAGCCGAGAAUCAUCGUCCCACCUACCAAGUUGGCCUUGUACCUAAAUCGCAUGAGCUUACGAUCUCAUCGCCUUUGAAGUCGGGGGAAUCUCCCCUGCUCCCGAUCUCCACGGAGCCCGAAAUCGACUCGGAGCAGGAGACAUCCGAGGAUGAAUCUUGCGCCUCAGACGACAGCUACGAGACCUGCGAGCAUCACGAAGGGGUUAUUCGGACGAUCCUUGCCGGGGUAGAGAGAGAAAUUCUUCCAAUAUUCGCAAGGUGGCUUCGUACGGGAGAGUUGGAUGUGAAUGGAUUACUCCGCACAAGAUCCAUUGAAACUUCUUCCACAUCAACUGGCAAUAGAUCUUCUUCCGAUGACGCUCGCAGCUCCACCACAGGAUCGACUUCUCAGGGUGAUUCGAACAAGCUGAAGAGGAAAAGAGGUGACCAAGAAGAUGACCAUCGAAACAAUGGCGGAUUCAGGAGAAAUGACAUACCCGAGCAGCCGAAGUCAUCCAAAAGAUCCAAUCGAAAAUUAGCAUGUCAAUUCCACAAACUAUAUCCCGGAAAAUACAGGAGGGGUUCGGCGAAUGGACUCAAGUACAAAACAUGUACGAAUGGUUUCUCGGACACAAAGAGUCUGUCGUACCACUUGCGAACUAUUCACUGUGGACCAAAGUACUUCUGUAAACAUUGUUCCGAACAGUUCGUCGACGAGGCCACUUUAGACAAACAUGCGAAAAUGCCACAGCCAUGUAAGGUACACGUCGAUCCAGAAUUCGCGGAAGAACGUUACAUCAUGACUGAGGAGCGUCGCAAGGCCUACGAGAAGAAAGCACCUUUGACGCCGCAAGAGGUCCGCUGGUUCCAAGUGUGGGACAUUCUGUUUCCAAGCGAAAGUCGGCCAGAAUCUCCUUACCAACAUUUUGACUCUGUUGAACAAGCCAUCAUUCAGACUGCUGAUGAUAUUAUUCCCGAUCAAGUCGAGUACCAGGUUCGCUACUUUCCUGGCUUGGACCGAGCAGACGCGGAGCGCAUUACCCGACGCGUGUUGGACAAUUUCCGGACUCUUCUCUGGGAACGAUUGGAUGUAAAUGGACUGGCCCAAAACACCAUUGUGGCUCCGGCUGAAGUUGGCAACGACGUCGGUCGUGCUAGUAAUCAGGGACCAUUUUCAACCGCUCCCCAACCCAAUGUGCAUCCGAAUACGACCAACGACGCCGCCACCCAAGGGGACCUUGUUAAUGCUGCCAACAUUGGUUGUGGUGGUAACAGUGACACGGAACAUGCAAUCUCUGCGAAACUACUCCAUGAGGCUCACAACGGCAAUGCGCCUACAGAUCAUGGAGUUUCCCAGGAUCUCAACCACACUGAGACUCCCAAUCCCACAGCUGUAAACUUGAACUGGCUGAUCAACCCCCAACUAGUGCGCACUGUCCAUUGCGGUGUCCUUGAGAACGUCACCGCACCCGAACAGCCUUACCUACAGGUACAGUACGGCUUAGAUACAACGCGAUCACCCAGAGAUUUGGAAACGAUCAGGGGCAUGGAUUGGUCCGCCCUGCUCGCAGAGGUGGACCCAUCUACUUUUGGGGUGAUGGAUUGCGCGAAAGUCCUGCAGAGCUGA